AUGCCUGUAGGCCAAGGUGAACUACAGCGAAAACUAACAGCCCUUGAACAUGCGUGCACUGUGAAACGCUCUAUUUUGUCAUGCAUAGAGAGCUCUCUAGAAACUGUUCAAGAGCUACACGGCUCUCAAGAAAAUGACGGUAUUCGUGCUCAGCUGCGUGAGCGAGAUGAGCUGGCUAUACGACUGCUACAUACCCUCUCGCAACUUGAUUCUGAAUGCAGCCAGAACAAUGCGUGCCUAAGCAAAAUAGCUCAAAUUGGCUCAGAACUGAAAGCUCACACAGUAGAAGAGAUACCUAAACUGUCACAAGAUGAGUCAUUAUGCAAGCUUCGAUUACUGAAAGGAGUGAUACUGCAUGUCGCCAAAGAAUGUGACAUGCCUUGGUGGCAGGAUGAAACGCUGGCCGAAUUCAUGCUUUCUAUGGAUGACGACGAAGCGCCGUGA